AUUUAAAAAGCCAUUGAAUGAAUUGCAAGAGAUGCUCAAUCAAAUCCCUGAAAUGGAGUGUCACAUUGAUUUGGCUCAGGAGAUGUUUGGAUCUCAAAUAUACACGCAAGGCACCAUUUGUAUGGAGUAUAAACAGACCCAAAAGCAGGACAGGAAGACACAGAGGUUUAUUUUCCUAUGCACAAAAGACAUAGGAGAAACUAAGUAUUGUUCCACAGGAAAAGACAAAUCAGGUGACAACAAGAACAAAAGACAGAAGAAGAAGGCUACUUCAACUGAAGACCGGGGUCUUAACCAGGAGAGGAAAACUGCUUUUCAGAGGAAACCACCACAAAAGUCUAAAACAAAAGUAAAGCAAUUUCAGUUCCGCCUUCCUAAAAUAAUGAUGUCUAAUGUGCGUUCUCUUCCAAACAAAAUAGAGGAGCUCCAAGAAAUGACGGAAGAUGUGGAAAACUUUAAUUCCGAUCUGAUGUUCUUCACAGAGACAUGGUUGAAUAGGAACUCACCCAGCAUUAGCUUGGAGGGAUAUACGUCUUACCGGGUUGAUCGUGAUGCACGGAUUACUCAGAAAAGUAGAGGAGGGGGAUUGAUAGUGCUUGUGAAUGAGGCCUGGGCGACUGAUGUGGAGGUGGAAAACAUCAGGAUUACUCGAGAUUAUGAGUUAAUGGUUGUGUCCAUUAUACCACAUGACCACCCUGAGGGUGCUCCACCACUUAUCUUCAUCCAUGUGUAUAUCCCUCCAGGACCUAAUAUUACUCAAGCUGCCAUUGACAUCGCUGGUGUUUACUAUGAUGCUCUGGAGCAGUAUCCUGGUAGUCCUGUUUUCCUGUUGGGUGAUUUCAACCAUUGUGACAUCACUGAUCUCUUGGACCUGGAGCAAUAUGUCACAUGCCCAACCAGACACCGUAACACCCUGGAUCAGUGCUAUGGGAAUGUGCCAGGGGCUUAUAGAUCUGAAUGCGACCCUCCGCUUGGCCGGUCAGACCACAAUGUCAUUCAUUUGAUUCCUAAAAAAAAGUUGGAUGAAAGUGACCCCUCCAAAGAUGAGAAGUGUAAACAUGAGAAUACCAAACCCAGAAAGCAAUGA